AUGACCCAGGUUGUCCUAGCCGUCACCUUUGGAAGUUUCAGCUACGGCUACUGUGCGUCGAUUUUGGCGAAUAUCUUUACCCAUGCUGAGUUUUUCGAAUAUCUGGAUCUCGACCCCGAAGGGCCCAACGCAUCUCACGCAAACUCCCUCAUUGCGGCGUUCAAUGCCUUGCUCUAUGUUGGAGGCUUUGUCGGAUGCUGCCUCUAUCCAAUUUCCUCGUCCAGAUUGGGUCGACGCUUCCCGCUCGGAGUAGGCUCUGUUCUUGUCAUCGUUGGCGGAGCUUUACAAGCAGGAACAACCCACAAUGCUAUGAUGUGUGUUGCGCGGGUUGUGACUGGCGUGGGAAUCGGACACUUUCUUCCCGGUUGUCCACUUUACCAAGCCGAGGUGGCACCUGCACAUAACAGAGGCUUCCUGGUCGGACUCCAUGCCGCCGUGGUGGGAGCAGGGUUUGCUGUAGCACAAUGGAUGGGCGUCGCCUUUUUCAACGUGCCCGGCCAGGCUGGCUGGCGAGUUCCUCUGGCCCUGCAAUGCGUCUCACCAUUGUUUAUGUUGUGCAUUGUCCCGUUCCUCCCAGAGAGUCCUCGUUGGCUGUACUUGGCUGGUGAGAUUGACAAAGCAGAGAAGACAAUCAUGCGGCUUCACCGGGACCGGACAGACCCUUCCAACGCGUACGCACUCGCGGAGUUUCGCACCAUCAAAGCCCAGCUCGACCUUGAAGCCCAGAACAGGCGAUCUCUUUGGGAUGGCCUGCGAGAUCCUCACCUACGGAAGCGUUUCGUCUUCGGGUUCCUGGUGAAUACGGCCUCGCAAUCUAGUGGCUCGAUCGUAAUUCUGACUUACUCGUCUGUCAUAUAUGGGAGACUGGGCUUCAGUGCAUUCCUGCAGGGCAUCUUAGCCGGAGUGUGGACUACUCUCCUCAUGCUCUUCAAUUUCCUCGGAGGCAUCCUGACGGACAAACUUGGCCGCGUCAAACAGCUCGUCCUCGGACUUCUGGGUUGCUUGUUUUGCCUCAUCAUGGAAGUCAUCCUGACUGCGAUCUACGCCGACCAAGAUUCCACAUCGGGGAAUGCUGCCGCGACCUUCUUCAUCUUCCUUUUCGUGUGCUUUUUCGCGGCCGGGGUCGAAUGCCCGUCUUUUGUGUACUCCUCGGAGAUCUUCCCCGCUGGCUGGAGAGCCCUCGGUGUCGGAAUAGCAUUAUCUGCCGUUCAGAUGUGGUCGGCUAUUCUCAAUGGUGCUGCUGCAAUAGCCUUUGAGAACAUCAAAUGGAAAUUCUACCUAGUCUUCAUUUGUUUCACUGCUUUGAUGGCGGCAGUGGUUUUCUUGUACUUUCCUGAAACUAAAGGCUUGACAUUGGAGGAGAUCAGUAAAGCAUUUGGAGACGCAACUGCCGAGGAUACAUCAGCUCUUGAAAGUUUGCCGGUAUCCCCAGAGCAAGAGAAAGCAGUCACAAACCUCAAAGAGGAGGAACUAAUCAAGGUCCGGGGGUUUCAGGUCGCACCAGCAGAACUUGAAGCUGUGCUGAUGUCACAUCCUUUGAUUGCUGCCGCCGCAGUCAUCGGGAUUCCGGCCCCCAAUCCUUUGGACGGAGAGCUUCCUCGGGCUUUCGUUGUGAGGAAAGAAGGGAAUGAUGUCGACCGCCCGAGCGAAAACCAGGUCAAAAAGUAUGCCGCCAAGCGUCUGGCAAAAUACAAACAAUUGGCCGGCGGCGUUGUGUUUAUAUCAGAUCUGCCUCAGACAGCCAGUGGGAAGUAUCUUAAGCGGGAUCUACGCGACCUUUACAAGAAGACAGUUACUAGCUCAAAGACCAAAGUCUAG